GCAUGCAUUCCACCGCAAACACUCAACAGUGAAACACACACUGGAUUUUAGUGCAACACACACGAACUAACGAGAGAGAAUAYUCAAUAAAAUUUAUAACACAAUGUCCAUCCAAGUAUCGGAAAUGUCUAAGACUUAUCAGUACCGCAAAGUGAUGAAACCAAUGUUGGAGCGUAAGCGGCGYGCACGCAUCAACAAGUGUCUMGAUGAGCUGAAGGAUUUAAUGGUCGUCACACUGGAGUCGGAGGGCGAGCAUGUGACGCGGCUGGAGAAGGCCGAUAUACUUGAGUUGACCGUUACGCAUUUACAGAAAUUGAAGCAACAACGCAAGGCCGCCGCCUCCAAGGGUGGCGCUAUGUCACAAGCUGAGGGCUUCCGUUCCGGUUAUAUACAUGCCGUUAACGAGGUAUCACGCUCACUCUCACAGCUACCCGAUGUGAAUGUGCAUCUUGGCACCCAAUUGAUGACACAUCUUGGCCAGCGUCUGAAUCAACUGCAACCUGCCGUACAGCCACCAACACCCAUCAAUGCGCCACUAUCUGUAAACAUUGCCAGCAACACCAGUCGCGCACAUUACUCCGUGCCCAUUUCGCCCAUUUCCAGUUACAAUGGCAGUCCGAACUCGAGCGCCAGCAGUGAGAAGCUUAGCAGCAGUUGUAUGAGUCAAAGUCUGCUGACCACCUAUAGUGGUCAUUCGCCCAUCGAUGCACGCAUAGCUACCAAUGUAGCACAAGCUGAGGAGGAGGAUGUCUGGCGUCCAUGGUAGGCGCUCAAAAGUCAAACUAAGCCAAGCAGCGUCCGCAGCAGUUCCCAGUACAAAACAAUUUUACACUCAGUGAUAAAGUCUUCCAGACGUGCAGCCACCAGCCAGGAUCUGUCGUCAAUUGCCGUUAAAUAUAAAGCUUUAAAGUAGAGGAGAGGCUUUUGUUAAUGUCCACGUUUCCAGCGUCAUUAACGAAUGCAUUUCAUCGUUGUGAUUAUCACACAAUUGUUAAACAUUGUCAUUAAGUUUAUUACAUUAUAGUUGAAUUAGAGAAAAUUUUUUAAAAAUUUAGCCUAUGUAAUUUAAAAAAAAAUAUACAAUAAUAAGAAAUGAAGAUA